AUGACAUUUGCUUUGGAAAAGAGGGGGUAUGUAAAGGCAGGACCGUGGACACCUGAGUGCACUGUGGAAAAUCCAGAAGCAGGUCUGAACUAAAUUUUUUAAUAUGAGCUAUGAUACUGAGGCUCUGUUAGGAUAAAAGUCCGACAAGCAGGGGCGGAUCUAGGGGGAGGGUGCAGGGGGUGCACACCCCCCCCCCGAGAUGACCUGCGGUUUUCUAAUACAACUGGUAUUCUGCCCAAAAAAAACUAUGUGGUUUAGUGGUGUUGAAGUAGAGCAAGAGACGAGUGCACCCCCUCCUAAAAAAAAUCCUGGAUCCGCCCCUGACAAGUGACAUUGGCCUUGAAACAGCAACAUAGGAAUAGAUCAACGAAGGUGGUGUAAGGGUUUGUGGUGAUGCUGUUUUGGUGCGGUUUUGCAGGAAUUUUAUUUUUAGUUGCGAUAUUGCAGUUUUACAAAACCAGGUGGUUUGUGGUAUUUAGAAAUUUUCGGGUAAUUUCAAUGUGGUUUGCGGUUUUCUUAUGUUAUUCUGUAUGGUAUUUAUACGUAAUUCAGUGUAGUUUUGUGGUAUUCCUACCCCCCUUAUGCCCCCCCCCUCCCCUCAUCAAAUGGCAACAAUGACAUGAAGAUGAGUUGAAACUGUGACAAAAAAAGGACAAUCCCAAAUACAAUAGCGAAAUACUGACAGCUACAUGGCCUUGACCUUCUCAAUAUGCAAAAUGACUGCUUUUGAAAUUCAGACGGGGAACUAUGUAUACCCCCACCCCCCACCGUAAGGGAACUUGACUGAUCACUGCAAGCUGUAGGGGGAGAUCCAGGAAUAUUCCAAAUAUAGGGGGCAGGAUGAAGGGGCUCCAAACUUCAAAAUAUUACAACUGUUUCAAACCAUUAUUUUCACCCUUUUGAACUUGCUGUUACAUUUUUCUGUUUUGUGUAGCAAAAUUUAUAACAGAUGAAAUGCAAAUUUGAAAAAGAAUUCUUCAUAUAAUUUGUGGAAAAAUUCCAGACAAUCAGCAGUUUUACUGUUUCCCCCCUUUUUUGUAUUAUGCAGUUUUUGAUUAAAAAUUAAAAAUCAGGGAUUGUAAGGUAGAUUCCCUAUCGUCUGGCAGGUUAUAACCAACUUAUCUUUGGUGGUACAGUGAAACCUGUAUUAAGCGGACACCCUUGGGGAAUGCUGUAGUGUCCGCUUAAUACAGGGUGUCCGCCUAACACAGGUUUCGAUAUAUAACGUCAUAUGAGGUGUCAAAUGCCAUUCAAAUGAACAGUGGAAGCAUAGAGACUAUGAUGAUAGACGUUUGCAUUAAUUUCUUUAUCAAAGUGAACCAAUUGAUCAUAGUACCAUAAACAUGGAUUGCAACUCAAAUUUGAAGAAAUGCGAUGAGUGAAACAAGCUCUAUACAAACAAAACGAAAUAGAAAACAAUCCGGUACUGUGAAACUAAUCAAAUAAGUUUGUCACGUUUUUUAAGGUAAAAAUCGAAAAAUUUGUGGGUGGCAAUUCGAGGCAAUCUUUCGCAUUUCCGGUGUCUGGCAUGUUGGCUGGUGGAAUUUAAUUACAAGUGUCCGUUCAAUACAGGUUGGCAACAAUAGAAAUGGUCCUUUUUAGGUACUUUUUAGGUGUCCGCGUCCACUUAAUAGAGGUGUCCGCUUAAUAAAGGUUUCAUUUAAAGUAAAUAAGGGAAAUAAAUUUGGGGACUUCAGAUACUGUCCGCUUAAUAGAGGGUGUCCGCUUAAUAUGGUGUCCGCUUAAUACAGGUUUCACUGUAAUUGUAUUGUGAUUGUCUGCAAUAUUCAUAUAUUUUUUGUUCAGUUCACCAGCUUCAUCGUGAAUUUCUUCGAGCUGGAGCAGAUGUGAUUCAAGCUUUUUCAUUCUCCAUGGAUGAUAAUGUGAUUGAUGAAAAGGUAUUUUCCACAUAAUUAUAGAAAUGAAUUGUACAGUCCUACAUUCACCCUGGCAGAGGGGCAUACAUGCCCUGGGUGGAGGGACUCCCAUAUGAAAGGGGUGGGGAUGCUCAUUGGAAAUUUUGAAUUAAACCUUUAACGGAGACCAAUCUGGGUAUGGCCCAACCUUGUUUGACCCCUAAAAGAGACCAUUUUAAACUUUGAUUACAUGAAUCAAGUAAAUAAAAUGAAUUUAAAAAUAUAUAUCUUUUUUUGUACUUCUUUGCGUGCAACCCUAAAAGAGACCUUUAUGGCUAAAUAGAAUGAUAUGAAAUGGAGUUGGGGUAGAGAGAGGCACUGGACUACUGAUCAGUAGUAUAAAAUAGAAAAUAACAGGUCUAUGAGCUAUCAUAGUACCCAUUAGACCAUAUGUUGAACUUAAAGUAAACAAAAAUUGAUAGUAAUAAAUGGAAGGGGAAAAUUCAACGACAGCAAACUGUCAUUCAGGCGCCAGUUGUUCAAAAUUAAAGUUGGGUAGCGCUAUCCACCGGAGAAAUUGCUAUCGAAAGGACAAGUAUUACGAAAAUCAGUUGCAUUAUCCACUAGAUGGUGAUUUAUCCAAUGGAACAACUGGAGCCAGAUCUACAAUAAUAUUAUUGUCUGUGUUAAAAAUGCUGAAUUAAGAUAUUGCCACGAGAUUAAUGUUGCACAACAACAACAAAGUGAUUUCAAGACCAAUAUCAAAAGAUGUCCACGACCUGAUCCAGUCAGGAUAAUAUCUGUAAUUUUAGCUGGGAAUGUAGUAAAGGUUUCUCAAAAGGCAUCCCUGACAGUGACGCCGCUACCAGGCCAAGCAAGGUGCGACUUAAUUACGUGCUAUGUGACUGAAUUUAGACCAAAGAUUCAAAACAUGUGGAAACACAUUUUGGCAAUUUUGGAUUGCAUAUAUAUAUUUAAGCCUCUCUCCUGCUCACAGAAGCAAGAUCCUUUCUUUUUUUCUUUAUUGCUUGCCUUGGAGGUAUUGUGGAAUGGGAGUGAGGUGGUGUGUUUUGCUUUCCUAUUCAGGUUCCCUUUCUUUCUGAAUUUCAUUAACUACUGAGUUUUAGGAGGUUUGUUUAAUCCCAGGACAAGGCUGUGCUCUGGCAACCACCAGUGGCUCCUGGCACCUAACUUUUGCUCCCAAGCGACUAGAAAAUCUUAUUUUUUUCACAGAAAUCAUAUGCUGGGCACCCUAGUCUGCGAGAGCACCUUUUUUGGCUCUUGUUUCACCCACCACCCUGGAUUUCACAGGUUAAAAGCACUGCACUCCUUUCAGUUUUCUUAGAGCACAGCCUUGCAGUAUCUAUAUUUCCAUUCUUAAUACUUGCAUCAACAGAAUGAAGAAAUCAAUCAGUCUGCAUGUGACCUUGCCAAGAGUGUAGCCGGAGAGGGAGGGGUGUUCUCUGCUGGAUCUAUUUGCCAAACAGCAACCCUGUACAUGCAUGGAGCUGGAAGGAACCGCAUACAAGAACGAAUUGAGGAGCAAAUUCAGAUAUUCCUCAAGAAUGACAUGGAUUUACUGAUUGCUGAGGUAAGAACAUAGUGUAGGACUAUAAUGGCCAUUUUGCAAAGCAAACAUUGUAACUUGUUGGAGUAUUUUGAAUUUUGAGCACAUGUUUUUUUAGCUGUCUUUAGCUUGUUAAGUAGUAGUACACUGGCUCCAGAGGUCCUUUCUCAAAAUAAUUCGGAUUAAGUAGUUAUUGUAGUACUAUAAUUUCCUGUACACUGUAGUUGUAAUAGUAGCAGUAGCAGAGCAUUAGCAUUAGCAGUAGCAGUACAGCGCCUCUUUAACAAAUACACUUAGUCAAUUAUCUCUCAAUGACCAGGUCUAUAAGACGCACACCUCAGUAAAACGGACAUCAAGACCCUGCUUUUUUUUACAGCCAUCAUUUGACUCUCUAUAAGACACACACUUUUUUAAGAAGGACACUUACGAUAAUUACUACAGUACGAUUUACUUUUUUCGUUUUUUUUUUGGGGGGGGGGUCAUCUCAAUUUUUUUGGGAUACAAGGGGGGCCAUCCAAAAAAAAUUCUGAUGAAGAGGGAGUCAUCAUAUUCUACAGGAGGCUACCCGUCAAAUCCCACCAGCCCCCACCCCACAAAAAGUGAACGGACCCUAAAUAUAUAUCUCUCCAAGGAAUCUUUAACAGUCAAUUAAAGGUCUCAAUGAUUUUGGGCUCCAAAAGAGGUCCUAUUAUUUUAUUUCAAUUUUGGAGUUACUCGGUGACCUGUUUUUAUAUCUUCUCACCCCUCUCCUCUCAGGAGUUUCUCGGUGACCUGUUUUUAUAGCAUCUCACCCCUCUCCUCUCAGUUCUUUGAGUAUUGCGGUGACCUGUUUUUAUAGCUUCUUACCCUUCUCCUCUCAGUUCUUUGAGUACUGCGAAGAAGCAGAGUGGGUAGUAGAGGUGAUGAAGACCACAGGGAAACCAACUGCCAUCACAAUGUCUAUCGGUCCUGCUGGGGACAGCAACAACGUUCCUCCACAGGAAUGCGCAGUUCGACUUGCAAGGACAGGUAUUAUUCGUUUUUAUGAGCCGUUUCCGUUGUGCGGGCAACGUCAUUAAAUAUUCAAGGCCUGCGAGCAAGCUCUCCGGGGCGCGCUGGCGGCGGGGCGGGAAAAGGAAGGAGAGCUUACAACUAUGUCUCUGGAAUUUAAAUUCCGCCUCCAGUUCCUCUGUGGCUCCCCAUCGACUGAGCUGUCAGAUUUCCGCCAAUCAGCGCGAAGCGGAAACAAGUGCGAAUGUAAACACAGAUUGAAAAACACGUGAAAGCACGUGCCAAGGGUAAUGACGUCACUACUAAUGUCAUCUCCGCCAAUCAGCAUUUCGCAUCGACUUUUUCGAUGCAGAUAUUCAAGUUUCAGAGAAGUAGUUGCAAGCUCUCCUUCCUUUUCCCGCCCCGCCGCCAGAGCGCCCCGGAGAGCUCGCUCGCAGGCUAGCGUUCUGGCUUCUGCGUCGGCGCGAAAACCCUACCGGAUAGGCUUCUGUUCACACAUAAGAACGGUGAUUUUGGCGCGAUUUCUGUAACGGAGCGAAGCGCUGCGUCGAUCUUCUAAGUGGAGGGUCACAUAUCGGAUAGGUGUUCAUACGUAACUGGGUAGCUUUCUGGGUCCUCACAAAACUGAGGCAAUCCGGUAUAGUGUGAAUAUAACCUAAAACUCGCAUCAGGCUAUGUCCAGGUGUCCUUCUUUUGAAAAAGUCUAGCCUGCGUCGCAGGCGCUUGCAAGUAGUGGGCAAAAGAAAAAACGAGCGCGCGAGACCCUCGCGUGUCUCCCUCGCGCUCGCCCGUUCUUUCUUUCGCCCACUACUUCCAAGCGCCUGCUACGCAGGCUAGAAAACGUCCGAAUUUUUUGAUAGUAAUAACUUCGUAAGAGACUAUGGUUCACCUUGUACUUGUACAAUUUUGGAGAGACAGAUGACGCAGUGGAAAUCCCAUCCUACAGCCUGUGAUCUGAGCAAUAUGGAAUUUCUGUGCUCGUUCCUCGGAGGUCAUUUAACGAUAAAACCAGUGCUGAAGUCGCGCGAACGUGGGUUGUUUUCUCAGGCUUGUUAUAGGGCGUAUCAUUGCAAAUCAACAGUCUGAGGUUUUUUUUAUUGGUAGGAGCUGAUAUCAUUGGACUGAACUGUAAGUUUGAUCCAUAUAUUUCACUCGAAACUCUCCGUCUGAUGAAGGAGGCACUUGAGAGAGAAGGGUUGAGCUGUCAUUUAAUGAUUCAACCCGUGGGAUACCAUACACCUGACUCAGGCAGGACAGGGUUCCAAAGUUUACCCGAGUGUCCUUUUGGUAAGCGCUACUUGACGUGGUGAACAAUUUAGCUAAAGUUUCUUUUAUAGCGAGGUCAAUAUAACUUGCAACUUACGUAUUACCAGUAGUUUCGUAUUAGUAACUCAACGAUAUUUGUUUUACACGUUCCUUUUCAAUGGUUUCAAAUUAAAUUUUUGUGUUUAUUUGACGCUGAGGAGCUCCGCUUUUAAGCAUAGCAAAUUAUAUAUGCUUGAUUAACAAAGGUUUGCGAAUUUCAAUGUCAUGUUUAAAGUAAGUCUAAGUAAGGAUAGGGCGUUUUCACAUGACGUCACGGCCGCCAUAUUGGUGUUAAAAAAACAAUCAAACGGCGGCCAUGUUGGUGUUCCAAACCAAAUCCUGUGGAAGUUGAUCUCUUUUCUUAUGUAAACACUCUCUUUUGCUGGUCACGUGAGUGAAAACGCUCUAUAGACUAACGAUGACAAGAAAAAGACCCUGAAUGAGCAUUCUGUCAUAAAAGUUGAGAUUUGAAAGGUGGCCCAGACAUGCCUGUUGUUGAACUGGAAACGCACUCCUAUCUAUUAAACUCCUAGUCUGCUACACAGCCGUUUUUAGUGUCGUCACGCAACGCUCCUCCCCACUAAGAGCAUUGCGUGACGACACUAAAAACGGCUGUUUAGCAGACUAUUAAACUCCCCGUCUUGGACCGAUAAAAGAGAGCUUAAGCAACGACGGCGGCGACAGCAACGAGAACGCAAAAGAGGAAUAGGUUUAUAUUAGCAAAACAACAGCUUUGCACGUGCAUCACGCUUUUUUGUUCAUUUUUUUGCCGUCGUUGCACGACUACGACGUGAAAGUGCAUAAUUCCACGUUUUGUCGAGGACGGAAACCCGAGACCACAACUUUCUUUCUUCUUUUCCUGAACUUUGAUACAGUCAUUUAGAAUUCAACUCCAAAACAAUUCACCAACAUUUGACGAAUUAAACGAGAUAGAAUAAGCGCAAUAAAGUUCGAGGCAGCGCAAAUUCACUUUUUAAGUCAGGGGCGGAUCUAGGGGGAGGGUGCAGGGGGUGCGCCCCCCCCCCCCUCGAGAUGACCGGCGGUUUUCUAAUACAACUGGUAUUCUGCAAAAAAAAAACUAUGUGGUCUAUUGGUGUUGAAGUAGAGCAAGAGACGAUUGCACCCCCUCCUAAAAAAAAUCCUGGAUCCGCCCCUGUAAGUGACGUUUUCGUAGCUGUAGCCGUCGUUGUUGCUUAAGCUUCCUAAAUUUAAAUAAAGGUUCCAGGCGUGUAUUAGAUCAUUUACGGUAAUGAAACUCCUAAUGCCCAUUUUGUUUGUUAUUUUAGCUCUAGAGCCUCGUACCUUGACUCGCUGGGAUGUGCAGAAGUACGCCCGACAGGCCUAUGACUUAGGAGUCAGGUAUAUUGGCGGCUGUUGUGGAUUUGAACCAUACCAUAUCAGGGCUAUCGCAGAAGAGGUAAGUUCAAGAAAACGAGUCGAAAAAUUAAACUUUUUAAAAGUGGCAGUUUUGUUUACAUUCAGAGUACAGUACGUUGGGGGACCCUCCAUAUGACCAAACUUCCAGGCCUCCACUCUUCAAAUUUUCACACAAUUAAGCUUCCAUGCUUUCACCCUUAACCCAAGCUUCCACGGCAUCCAAACGUCACACUUCCAUACUUUAAGACUCUGACACUUCCAAACGUUCAUGUAUUUGCACUUUGUAACUUCUAUACUUCCACAGUUCUAUUCCUCUAGUCUAAGCUUCCAAAUUACCAUAAUUUCAAUUGCUUUUCGUAUUUCCACACUUCCGAUUCUUUUAUACAAAAGGAAUUAAAAAGAAGCGAGUUAAUUAUAUAUAUACUAGGGUAUCUAAAAGAUAGUAAUGCUGCGGCACAUUCUGUUGACACUGGCAUUAGUUAGGCAGUGAGACUUAAAAGAAUCAAAAAUGACAUUGAAUGUCCUAUUUACAUGUUGGAAAGUACCAGAAUAAUUACUAUCAGUCUAUAGAAAGAACUCGUGGGAACAUUGUUUAGAAAAUGAUCAAGUGGUUAUCAACUCUAGUUUUCCCACAAUAAAUUGUAGGAAAUAAUAGCAAUUCAGAUCGUUUAUCCAUAUAUUUAAUAUACGGUGCACGAUAUUUUCUCUGGAAACACAAUACUUUUCUUGCUGUUUGUUGCACUUUAUUAAGUAACAGUUAUUUAUCCAUAAAUUUAUAGAAAACAACAACACAAAAAACGGAAAAAAAAGAAAGAAGGAGUAAAUAAUUCAGUAGAACUCGAACCCGGCACAUUCGACUCCACGCGACUACACCUAACCACUACACCACAGAGGCUGAUUACGUAGUCUUUAGGAAAAGUCUUUCAUUUUAUUCCUUUUCCAUGAAACUUUCGCCGGCAAGAUGAUCGCCAGCCGUAUUAACUGAGCUAUUAGCAGUGAAAAAACAAUGUAAACGCAUAUUCCAUGGCAAUAAAUGAAUGAAAGAACAUAAUUAUGCUUUUCAAAUCGCCGAUACACGUCCUCGUCUGCAAAGUAGGACACAAAACAUAUGUUUUGUUAUCUCGAUUUCCGCUGUUAUUUUGAAGCGAAUGGUCAAAAUCACAUCCAUUUUCGGCUCAUACAGUUUCUUAAGAAUAGCAUUGCAUGACAUUUUCUCACUUUCACAUCACCUUCUAGCAAGCUGGAAUUUGUAUAUCCCCCGUGUUGCGGAGUCGAAGAGCAAAUGCUCAUCUUCUCGUCAGGUUUAACACCUGGACGAGUCAAAAAAGGCUCUUGAAUUGAAAUCCAAUCUCCAAGUUAACCACCGUACUCAUCUGAAAGACUCCUGCGUGUCUUAAAAUUUGGUAAGACCUCUAACCGUGCUGUAGAAAAUUUGCCACAAAGAAAACUAGAGCAGCGAACGAUGCACUCUCUCACCCACCGAACUUCCCCGUGUUUUUAUUUGAGUUGUUCGUGGCGCAAUGCACUCUGGUUAAAUGCAAUGCAUUGUGGUAAAAAGUGUGGUUAAAUGCAAUGCAUUGUGGUAAAAAGUGAUGAAUUCGAGAAUUCGUCGCCCCUUAUAUAUUUCCUUUAAAUCCUGAUUAUGUUGCUGCUCGCUCCCUUCGGUCGCUCCGCAGCAAUUAAAUAUUCGCGUUACAGUAUUAAAAUAACUUAGACACGUUCUGCGUGUGCUCUUCUAAGCAAAGUUAAAGCUGAAAACAACGAGAAGUAUCUUUUCAGCAAUAUUUUUUUUUUCGUUUCAGCUUGCUACAGAAAGAGGGUUUCUGCCAGAAGCAAGUCAAAAACACAGCCCUUGGGGGGAGAGCUUAAAAGCUCAUCCGAAAGAAUGGUGCAGAGUAAGGUACGCAUUAUUAACGACAAAUAAACGCGCAACUAGCACAUAGCUAAUCGAAGCUUGCACCAGUUUGUUGACAUUGGUCGAUCUUCUAAUAAUAAACAAACAUUCGAAAGUGAAUUUGUCUUUCAUAAUCUUCGCGUUAAGACCGAACUUGAUGAGUGUAAUGUAGAGAGCCAGGCGAGAUGAUAAGAGAACAGAGCGCAAAAGAAAGUUUUGUCUAUUGCUCUUACAACAAAUUUCACGCGAAAACAAAGUAAGUCGGUUUUCUACGCCGGCGUUUAUUGGUAUUCUGAAAGCACGCAGUUUUUAUCAAUUAGAAAAGAAAAGGAAAAAAGACUGGGUUGCGGUAAGAGUGCAAUUGCCCAUUUUGUGUAAGUGACAUUAGCAGGGCAGCCAUGUCUUUUACACUCCGAAUUUACGGCAACACUCAACAGUGGCCUUCAUUGUUAACAAACUUUUGACGUCUUUUUAUGUAACAAGGGCGAAGAAAUAAAGUUCAGUUUGUGAUUUUGUAUCCAGGGGCAACCGAGCUUACUGGGAGAGCCUGGAGCCUGCUACAGGCCGCCCGUAUUCUUCUGCAAAGAGCAAGUUUGACGGACCAGCCUGA